AUGUCAACAGCAGAAAAGAGGGCUGAGAAAGAACGUCUGAAAGCGGAGGAGAAAGAGAAGGCCCGGGUCAUCGAGCAGCUGGAAUCGUCCCUUAAAGCCAAGGAGAACCGCGCUGAAAAUGCCGCACAGCAACCUGGGAAAUCAGACAGGAAAGAGCACAGGCGACUGGCGGUUACCGUGGAGAAAUGCCAUCACUGCUUCAGCAACCCCGAGCUCCAGAAACACCUGCUCAUCACCAUAGGAACCAAGGUGUAUCUGAGCCUGCCUGGAGGUGUGUCUCUGACAGAGGGUCACUGUCUGAUCGCUCCGCUGCAACACCACCGCUCUGCCACUGGAUUGGACGAGGACGUGUGGACAGAGAUCCAGAAAGCCAUCAUGGAAUGUGAUGAGGAGUGGGCGAUGAGAAAGAAGGUUGUGGAUCUCUCCUCCAAAGACAUCUGCCAUGCAGUGCCGCGGGGUCUGCCCUAUUUCUCUGUAGACUUUGGUCUUCAGGGGAGCUUUUUUCACGUCAUUGAGAACGAACACAAGUUCCCCCACUACUUUGUCAAGGAGAUAGUUGGGGGGAUGUUGGACGUGGAGCCGAGGAUAUGGAGGAAGUCCAUCAGAGAGAACUUUGACGACCAGCAGAAGAAAGUCCUUGAGUUCUGCCAGUGGUGGAAACCCUUUGACUGCACCAAGACGGACAGCUGAACCAGCCAACCAACAUGUCUCAAUAAACCCCUAUCCCCUUUUACAUCUGAAAAUAUACAGUAGAUGUAACUGCAAGCAGUAUGGUGUUAGCCCCGCCUUGUCCUCUGAUUAGUUAAGACUAAGAGGAGUCUCUGACGUUCUGCUUUAUAAUCCUCUAUGAUCCUGUCAACACGUUGUUUUGCUCCCAGAUUAUUUGGAUUA